UGAGGCGGAGCUGGAAGGUUCGUCCAGUUUGAAUACAGUUGUUCAACAAGGUGGACAACUAGUUGCUUUUAAACUACCGGGAUGAAUAUGCUCUCCAGGAAAACUGUAAAAAGUGUUUCAUCCAGCUUCUGGAUGCAGUCUCUUGUGGCUCUGGUGGUAUUCUGUCUGUGCCAUUUGGUAUGUGGAUACUCUGAAAGAGACAGAGCACAUGAUUUGAUGUCCAGAUAUCCUCUUAUUGAUGGUCAUAAUGACCUAGCUCUCCAGCUGAGGAUCCUUCACAACAAUCGUCUGAGCCAGAUUGAUCUUCAUAAUGUCAGCAAAGUGGCCACUGACAUCUCCCGCCUGCAAGCAGGCCAUGUGCAGGCACAGGUGUUUGCUGUCUAUGUAAUGUGUGGGGCCCAGCAGAAGGAUGCUGUGAGGCUGACUCUGGAACAAAUAGAUGUGGUCAGACGUAUGUGCACUGAGUACCAGGACUUUGAGCUGGUUACGUCUGCCCAAGAGCUGAAGAAUUCUGAGAUGAGGCAUAAGAUAGCCUGUCUAAUAAGCGUUGAGGGAGGCCACUCUAUUGACAGCAGCCUCCCAACCUUGCGGAUGCUGUACCAGCUUGGGGUCCGCUCCAUGGCCCUGACACAUACCUGCAAUACACCCUGGGCUGAAUCAUCGUCAAAACUUUACAAUGUCUUUCAAAGACAGAAUAACAGCCUGACAGAGUUUGGGAAGGCUGUGGUGGAUGAGAUGAACAGACUGGGGAUGAUCGUGGACGUCUCCCACACUUCUUGGGACACAGCCUUGGCGGUACUGAAGCAUUCCAAGGCUUCGGUUAUUUUUAGUCAUUCAUCCUCCUACUCGAUCUGUAACCACAGCCGCAACGUCCCUGAUUGGCUGCUGCAUGAGCUGAAAAAGAACCGAGGGUUGAUCAUGGUGAAUCUCCACAGCAAGUUCAUUUCCUGCAGAGAUGAGGCCAACAUCUCUCGUGUGGCUGAUCAUUUUGAUUACAUUAAGAAGAUGAUUGGAGCUGAAUCAAUAGGAAUUGGAGGGGACUUUGAAGGCGCUGUGGGUUUCCCAAAGGGGUUAGAGGAUGUGUCCAAGUAUCCCGCCCUGAUCCAGGAACUGCUGCAAAGAAACUGGACUGAGAAUGAGUUGGCUGAUGUCCUCAGAAGGAACUUCCUGCGAGUGUUUGAAGAGGUCGAGAGGGUCCGUGAUCAGUUAAGUUCAAAACGACCCAGUGAGAUCCAGAUCCCCUUAGAGGAAGUGCAAAACCCCUGCAGACUGGUUCUCACACCUCCUGACGUGAAAGGGCUGCCCUCUGACCAGAACUCCUCCUCCUCCGCAGAACAUAGGUCGCCAUGUCUGCUAAUCUUGGUCACAGUUCUGCUGCUUUCCAUCCUGUUUGUUACUGAAUGAAGAUUUGGAAUCUCAGUUAAGCUGCACCGUCUUUUUUAAAGUGCCUCAUUUUCUAUAUAAAGAAAAAAGAGCUUAAUGAGUUUGCUGUUGCCAUUUGUGGGUCAUCACAUGUCAGCAAAGAUUAGGGGGGAUUAAUUACUUUCUUGCAGUAGACAAAAAAUUCAGUGUUAAGCCCCAUUUUUGCAGUAAUUUAAAUCCCAGCUCCUGUACAUAUAAUAAAUACACUAAAGAUAUUCCUCUGAGAAAGGCUUUCACAAUUCAUUUUGGUAUUUAUUUAUUCUGUAUUUAUUUUACUCCUGAAUUUGUUGCACUUGGUCUGACAUGAUCCUUCUGAAGGAGGAUAAUAACACUGUUCAAUAAAACUGCAGAGAUUGGACUGUAA